AUGUCAGAUCCAGAUAACUAUCAACCACAAGAUGAUAUACCCAGUAUAACAACAUCCAAAACAACUCAACCAAUAAACUUUGGAGUUCAUAGAAAAUUAACCAAGAUUGAUUCCAAAAUACCACAAAACACAUUAAUGAUGUCAAAAUCUAAAAUUGGUUUAUUAAAUAUUGAACCUGGUAGUAUGGAGUUUAUAUGGUGGUUUUUUGUAUCAAGUGAAUUACCUGUUUUCACAGCUUGUAUUGGUCCUUUAGCAAAUAUGAUUUCAAUAGCCGCGUUGGUUGAUAAAUGGAGAAUUAAUGUUGAUGGAGUGGCAAUAAAUGAUUCAAUUCCUGUUAUAACUUUGAAUUCAUUAUCUUUAGCUAUGGGAUGUUUGGCAAAUAUAAGUUUAGUUUUAAAUUUUAGUGAAAGAUUACAUUACAAGAUUUCUCAAUUUAUUAGUAUCAUUUGCUUUAUUGGUGGUUCAAUAAUAUUGACAGUUGCUUUAUUAAUUGCUCAUUUCCAAUAUUUUGUUCAUACUGAUAAUGAAAAUUAUUCAAAAUCUGAAGGUUUUUGGUUUGGUGUUAUUACUGUUAUAUUAUAUGCAUUUUGUGGGAUAUCUUGUUUGAUCAAUUUUUCAGGUUAUUUAUUAGGUAAAUAUCCACCAGUUUUCAAUUUGAGCUUUGCAGAAAGAGGUUUGAUUGCAUAUACAUUAUUAUUAGCUAUUUGGUUCUUAUGGGGUGCAGCAAUGUUUUCCAAUAUCAUGAAUGAUUUAUCAUUUGGUAAUGCAAUGUAUUAUUGUACAAUUUCAUUAUUGACUAUUGGUCUAGGUGAUAUAGUCCCUGAGUCUGAUGUUACAAAAGCAUUAUCAUUAUUUUACUCUUUAACAGGAGUUAUUAUCUUGGGGUUAAUUAUUGCUAUGAUAAGAGGUGUUAUUGUAUCUUUAUCAACACCAAUAUAUUUUUGGAAUAGAGUUGAGACUCAAAGAAAAAAAUUAGUUAGAAGACUCAAAAAGGAGAAUAGAUCUGUUACAUUUGAAGAAUCAUUUGAAUUAAUAAGGUCUAUCAGAAGACAAGUUAAAAAAUCGAGGACCCAAUUCAGUUCUUUCUUAACAUUGGUUAUUUUCGUUACAUUUUGGUUAAUCGGUGCUUUAGUUUUCCAUUAUACUGAAGAUUGGAGAUACUUUGAUGCUGUUUAUUUUUGUUUUCUUUGUCUUAUAACAAUCGGGUAUGGUGAUUAUCAUCCAUACAGUACAGCGGGACGUCCAGUCUUCAUUGUUUGGGCAAUAGCUGCCGUUCCAUUAAUGACUGCUUUAAUUUCAAAUGUUGGUGAUACAUUAUACUCACUAGCAUCUUCAGGAAUUUCGUUAAAAUUGCUAAGGAUUUUAUUUUCCGCUAGACCUAAAAGACAUCAUGAGGAAUAUAUUGAUAUGGUUGAUGAUGUUAAUGAUGAAAAUGAGGAUGACGGUGGUAGUUCAAGAUCAGUGGAUGAAAUUUUAAAUGAAUCAAAUAAAGAUGUGAAACAGCCAGUUAAGACAUCGGAUUUAAUAAAAAAACUUAAAGAGUUAUUGAUUGAGGCUAAAGAGUCACCAAGGAAAAGAUAUACUUUUGAAGAAUGGGGUUCAAUAAUUGAGUUAUUAGAAGUGCAAGAAGAUGAAUUUCCAGAUGAGAUGUUUUGGUUAUCUGAUAGUUCACCAUUAAGUUUCCCAAUUAGUGAACCAAAUUACAUGUUGUAUUUAUUGUUUAAUAAACUGGAGAAAAAGGUAGGUAAAGAUGCUGAAAUUUUGGGUGGUUUGUCUUAA